CUCACAAACUUACACGCCGUCUCAGUCUUCAAGACUCCUUGAUGACUUUCAUCGCACACUUGGGCAUGUCAAGAAUCAGAAACACCAUUUAGGUUUCAGAGUGACUCUGAGCUUGAGCUUCACAAUGGCUCCAAGAAGAGGUCGAGGUGGACCACCCAAGACUUCUCGUAUGGCUGCCGCCGUUGAGGCCAUGGCGGACAUGGGUUUCGAGCCCAAACUGGUCCGUCAGAAGGUGAACCGGUUACUAAAAAAAGACCUUUAUGGAGAAGAGGGCUGGCGUUUUAUUGAAGAAGGUUCUUACAGUGUUCUACUUGAAGCCCUUCUGGAGGAGCAAACAGAUGGUGAUGAAAAUGGGAAUGCUUCUCCGGAAAAAUCAAAAGGUGGAAAAGAUGCUGAAACUGCAGGAGCUGGACCCUCCUCGAGCAAGAAUGCUUCUCCGAAAAAAUCAACCUGUGGAAAUGACGCUGAAACUUCAGUAGCUGGACUAUUAAGCAAGUAUGUAUCUUUACAAACUGAUGCAAGAGGUGUAAAUGAUACUGAAACUUCAGGAGCUGGACUAUCCAUAAUCAAGUAUGUGUCUCCACAAACUGAUGCAAGAGGUGUAAAUGAUGCUGAAUCAUCAGGAGCUGGACCUUCCUCAAGCAAGGUUGCUUCUGUAGAAAAUGAUCCAAGUGGUGGAAGUGAGGUUGAAACAUCAGGACCUAUACCCUCCUCCUCAACCAAGGUUUUUCUUCCAUGCUCAAACAUUGAGACUGUGAGCAGAACAUUACAGAGCAAGGAUGAUCUGGAUUCCUCAUCACAUAACGAACCUUUGACCACUGCAUCGCCCACUCAAUUGCCUGAUGCUGAUAACUUUCUCCUACCUACUGAAGGAGAAAUACAAGGCCAGCAAGGUACUCCUGUUACCCACUCUGUACAAGAAGUUGAUACUCUUCCAGCCAGGAGGCGUAGACCAUACCAUGGUUGGGUUGGUUGUGAUGAUGAUGAUUUUGUGGAACAAACAGAGGCUCCAUUGCCAGAAGUGUUGCGGAAAAUGUUCAUUCUGACUGUUGAUUCUGGUAAGAGAAAGCGCAAGAGAAGGUGGGAUGUGAAGCCUGAGAAUAUGUGAAGCUCAAUCAUUUUCUUUUUCACCCUAUCAAGCUUUUAACCGUUCUAUAGGAAUGUAAUCUUUGUAUGUAAAACCUCAGAUUUGGUGACACAGAAACUAGGUCAAUUAGAUAUUCAGAUCUUCUUUUGGUGGCAGAUAUAGAUGCACAAUUGAUGUUUGCUUCUGCGAACUGGUGCAAAACUUUAGAGAAGAGAAUUGAUAACCAAAAUUAUAAGCUUUUGGAUCAUGUAGAAUGUGGUUUAAGUUUGUGGGUGGUUUGGA